GUUGCGUCAUGGCUGACGUCAGUGUGACGUGUUAGGUUCUGACCGAGUAAGUUCGAUUUGGUUCGGUUUAAAUCAAUUUUAGCUUGGUUAAGUUUGGUUUGAGAAUUUUUUUCUGUAAUCUGCGCGGGAACAGCGACAAACACAUUACAGACAUCAUACCCUGUCGGAAUUUCCUCAAAUCUUGUCGGAAAUUCAUCAAAUCCGUCACUUUAGAAGUCGAUCAAGAUUCUCCGAUAAUGGGACACAGAGAACCAGAGGUUAUAAGAGACAAAGAAACGAUGAGAAGAUGGUCAAAAGGCGUGAGAUCGCAAGAGAAGACGAUUGGUUUGGUCCGUCCAUCCUUUCACCGGCGAUCUCACCAAGCUCGAGCUCUUCCCUCCUAUGUUUCCGAUGUCAUUGUCGUAUUCAAUCCAAGAAACCUCUAUAAUUAUGACGGCGGGAGGAAAAAUACAAACGGCGGUGGCGGCGGCGGCGAUGGGAAGAAGACAAACGGCAGUGGAGGCAGCGGAGGGAAGAAGACAAACGGCAGCGGUGGCGGCGGUGGGAAGGUGGUGAGCUGUGUGGAGGAGAGUGGGUUAGCGCAUGAGACGUGUGUUUGUGUGGGAAGAGCAGGCCUGUCUUCUUUGGAGGUGUUGCUACCAGACGUUGCUGUGUUUAGGUAAGGAAUGGCGGCUUAUCCAGAGAAUGGUGAGAAUCUUAAAAAGAUUUAGAGUAGUUAGAUUGAUGUCUCUCUCAUUUUGCGUCCUUUAUGUCAUUGUAGGAUCAGAUAUAGCUAGAGAAAAAGAUGGACUUACGAUGAGCUCUAGGAAUGUUCAUCUUUCAGGUAAAAAGAGGCAAAGGGUACAGUUAGCACUUGGAAACUCUUGAAGGAGUAAAAGAGAUAAAGAAUGGAGUAGUGGUUUGUGUUGCUGCCUGAUUUGGAACAGUUAGGCUCAUAGACAACAUGGAGAUCAAUGUUGCUGUCUAGACCUUAACUGUCCGCAUCAAAUUUCAUCUCUAGUCCAUUCACAAAAAACUUGGGAAUGAAUUUGAAUAAAAAAUGUGCAUCAGAUGGCAAACAGAGAAGAAGGAUGAGAAUGGGUGUAAACUAUAUCAGCUUUGCCAUGUUUGUUUGAAAUAAACAGGUUGGUAGCACUAACGAUAUAUUGCCAAACUCCAAUGUAAUCUCAUUCAUCUGUUUUGAUUUUAGACCCAACUUUGUUGUUCUCUAAGAAUAAACUAUACUUUACAGA